AUGUCGUCAUUUACAACUAUUACAAAUGAUUCACAGAAUCGCACUCAACGUCGUUUACUUUUCGAAGGUUUCAAUGUUCAUGAUCCUGUGAAUUCUUCUCAUCGUCAUCAUUCAUCAACAAUGGUUACAUCAACACCUGAUCAUAGAUUAUAUGAAAAAGAAAAUGAACAAUUAGAUUUAAUUCAAACAAAUGAUUUACAAGCAACAGAACCUUGUUUAUUACAAUUACAAAAUGCUCGACAAUUAUUACAUUCAAUGAGUCGAACAAAUACUCUUGCAGCUAAUGAACAACCAUUAAUUGAUGAUCAACAACCACGAACAGAACUUCUUAGUGAAUUAAAUCCUGAAUUAGUCUAUUAUAAAUCAUCAUUAGAAAGUGAACGUAGUCGUCGAAAACAAUUAGAAACAUUAAUUGAUGUUCAACAACAACGUUUAAGUGAAGCUGAAUCUGAAUUAAUACAAUUACGUGCAAAUGAUCAUAAGAAAACUUUAUGUAUGAAACAACUUGAACAAAUGAUACCAAAUGUUGUUGAUGAAUGGAAACAAAAAGAAAAUGAUUAUAAAUUAAAAUUAAAUAAUUUAACACAACAAUUAAAGCAAAUUGAACAAACAAAUCGUGAGAAAUUAUCCAAUGAAAAACAACAAUUUGAUGAACAAUUAAAUGAAAAAAUUUCAACAAUUGAACGUUUAACAAAAGAUAAUGAAAAAAUGAAACAAGAUUAUGAUAAUGGACAAUCAAAAAUUAAACAAUAUGAACAACGUAUACAACAAUUAACUAAAGAUUUUGAACAGGCAAAACAACAAUGGUCUACAGUUGAAACUGAUUUACGUAAUGAAUUAAGAAAUGGUGAAACUCGUCUUGAUAUUAUUCGAUCGGAAUCCGACGAAAAACAACAGGAAAUUGAACAAAUGUUACGUGAUCAACAUAAACAUAAUAGUGAUCAUCAACAUAAAGUUCGACAAUUAGAAAAUGAACUUGAUGAACAACGACGUGAAAAUGUUAGUAAAUAUAAACAAAAUGUUUUAAAAAUGGAACUUGAAUUACGUGAAGCAAAAUAUCGUGCACAAACUGAAUCUCUUAAAAUUCAACUUAUUCGUGAUGCAGAAACAAAAUUAACACAACGUCUUGAUGAACAACAUAAAAAACAUAUUCAAAUUGAAGAAGAAUUAAAUGAAUUACAUCGUCGAAAAUUAUUAGAUUUAGAUGCUAAACAUGAACAAAUUUUAUCAAAUGAACGUCAUGAACAUGAAAAUCGUGUUCAUAUAUUAAGAAAUAAAAUCGAUCAAACGAAAAAUGAAAUCGAUCGAAUACAAUCAACAACGCAAGCUGAACGACACGAUUUAGCUAAAAAACUACAAGAUGUUUUUGAAACAGCACUUUUUCAAGGAACAACAAAAACAAGUUUUUCACAAAAUGAAAUCAUUAAUUCACCACCACCACCACCACCAUUAUCAUCAAGACAACAUAAUCAAACGCAAUCACAAGGAUUAAUAGAUACACAAGUUAAAGGAAAUAAUAAUAAUAAUAAUAAUGAAUUUCUUCAUUCGUUACCAUUAACUAAUAUCGAUCAUCCAGAUAAUAUGUCAGCUAUACGAUCACUUUCAUCUCGUAUUGAUUCACUUGUUGAUCAAACAAAUCGAGUAGCGAAUGGUUUCGAAUUAAAUUCUCGUUUACCAUCAUCAUCUCAACAAGAAAAUACUUCUGAAUGGCAUGAUAAUAAUCAAAAUCGUUUAUUAUCAUCUCGACCACAAAGUGCUCUUCAAUCACCAUUCUAUCGUUCGACUCCAAUCGAUCCAUUACAAGAUUGGUAUCCACAAACUUCUCAACAUUCAAAUAAUAAUUAUUUAACUAAUCGAAGCCAAUCAACAGAUGUUAGUAAUAAUGGACUAUUUUCAAAUCAUCCCCCACAUAACUAUCAACCACAACAACAACAACAACAACAACAACAACAACAACAUCCAUCAACAAAUUCCUAUAGUCUAGAUAGUAAUUUGAAUACAAGUCAUUAUCAUCAACAAGGAAUUCCAACUUAUCGUUCAUCAUCUUCAAUAACAUCAAAUUUAUUUGAGAAUCAACAAGAAAUUCAAGCAACAAUCUCUAAAGAUAGUAUUGAAAGACAACAAUAUGAUCAAACAUCAUCAACAAAUGAAUCAUUAUCGAGAUAUGUUAAAAUGUUACUUGAACGACCACCAAAUCAAGAACAAAAUUUAUCCAAUAAUCAUCCAUUAGCUAAAACAAAUCGAUCUUUACAAAAUAUACAACAAUCUAUCGAACAAUUAAAUUUAGCUGAAAGAGAUUUGAAACCAGUUGUUGAUGAUUUAGUUCUAAAUAAUCAUUCACCAUCACCACGACCACAUAAAUCAUCAAUUACAACAAGUUCAACUAAUGGAGUUAAAAAAAAAUUAGAUUAUGACGUACAUAAUAAUAAUAAACAAAGUAAUACAACUGAAUUAUUUGAACGACUUUCUCAACCAAAAACACGAAUUAAAAAAGAUAAACCAAAACAACAACAGCAACAACAAUCUCAACAACAACCCCAACAACAACAGCAAUCAACAUCAGGAAUCUGGAAAUAA